AUGUCGCUGCACGAAGAUAAAACACUGUGUCCCACCUGUGGGUGGUGCUCCUCGCCCGCGGGCGCGGCGGCCGCCGCGGGUCGUGGACAUCCGAGGGGCAGGAGCAUCUCCCGGGUGACUCCAGGUACUGGCAAGAUCGUGCUCCAGACGGAGACGCGGGCAGGCGGCAGGCUCUUCUUCGCCCCAUGCGCCAGCGAGCGCACGCAGCGCGGGGGGACAGAGGCGGCCGCGGGGAGGCACGUGCUCUGCACGGGCAGCAGGCUGGGAGACGACGCAGACACGGCGACGCUGCCGAGCAGGCACGGCGACGCUGCCGCGGGGGGCAGGCUCAGACGCCCAGGGCGUUCGGGGCGCCCGCGCGCCCUCUCGUUCUCGGGUGGUCGUGGCGCCACGGAUGCCUCGGCGCGGUGCGGCGUGGGCGGGGCCGUGGGAGUGGAGAUCAAGAGCUGGCUCAUCCGGGUGGCAGGCGAGGGCGACGAGAGCGCGCUCCCGACCUCCAGCCGCGCCGGCUUGCAGCAGGACAUCGUGGUCUUGCGCUUGGCGAAGUGCCACCAGCAGAGGAGGGCCAACGCAGUUUUCGCAGUGCGGGGACGUGGCAGCCGCUCGCUGGCGUUCCAAACCGUCCACGCUGAAGGCGUGAAGACGGUGCGCGCGGACUCGGCACCCCGAGGCUGGCUCGAGUCGGAGUCGAGCCAGAAGCUGUGGAUCCCGUGGCUUUUGGGCAGGCCCCCCCCGGCGCUGCAGCUGCUCCUGUCCGCCUGGCCGGUGCUGCCGCUCUGGGGCCGCCUGUGGCGGCACCCCCGCGCCGCCGCGGCCCUGUCGCCGGCUGGGCGGGGCCGCUGCCCAGCGUCCCUCAGCCCGCUGUGGGACAUCCGGCGCACUUUCGCGAGCGUCAAGGCCGCCAAGCUGCCCGCCGGCAGGUGGCCGCUGGCGGGCCCGCAGGGGGACCGCGCCGGCGGGCGCCCGCCAGCGCCGCGCACGGCGCGGGAGGCUUGGGCCUCAGCAGUCGCCAUUGCCUCGUUCGACGCCGGCGGCGUUGACGCAAUGGCGUGGGUGGAGGCCGUGCGCGUCCUGUGCGCCAGCAUCAGGCGCCACGAGCCGCCGGGGCUUCGGCGCCCCUUUAUCGGUGGGCCUGCGGGUCCUCAUGGUGGAGGAGGGCAUGGACCAGCGCUACGCCGAGAUCUUCGAGGCGGACGGCAUCCGCCUCGUGGUUGCCGACGCGGUGAUCGUGCCCCAGAGCCUCGCCAAGUGCGGCAGCGUGCAACGGCGGGCCGAGGGGCUUCGAUUUCGCCUUUUCGAGCUGGAGGGCUUCGACCGCAUCGGUCGGCGGCCAUCGACGCAGACGCCUUGGUCGUGGGGCCUCUCUCCCACCUGUUCGACGCGCCUCCUGGACUCUUCCUCGCGGCCACGAUCAACGGCACGCCUAUCAACACGGGCGUCAUGGUCAUCACGCCGAGCCAGGACUUUAUGCCGGCACUGUUCGACGUCCUGAGGGUGGAGGCGUGGGAGGAGAAGGCAGGCUGGGCUGCCUGCGCCUCCGACGCGAGCGGGGUCGCGGAGAGAGUGUGCGGGAGUGCCAGCGGGGGCGUGUUCAAUGCGUUCUGCACGCAGGGCCUCAUCGAUGCGGUCCAGCUCGCGCUCAGCGAUCGGCUCGGCGACGCCGUCUGGAUACGCCAGGUGCCAGAAAUGUCUUACUGCGCGCCUGAGACACCAGACAACAUUUUAGGAUGGUCUCUGGCCUGCGGGCUGCUCCUCGGGUCCAGCUCGGGGGUCUCCCUCGCGGCCCGGGCCAGCCGAGGCUGCCUCGCACGCCUGACUCAGGGGAGCCCUCAGCUGACUGCGCACAGCUCCCGCGUGCACGGCAUCAUGAGUCUGCUCGGUCUGGCGGGCGGUGCGCCCGUUGAGGUGUUUACCGCGGCCGCGCUCCUGUUGUGGUACUGGCUACGGCAGCGGCGGCGGCUCUCCAAGAAGGACCUAGCGGACUACAGCGCGCCGACGGGGCAGCUGUCGGGCAACCGGGUCGGCGGCAGCGCGUCGCAGCACGACGCCGCGGCCUGCUGGGCGCUGGGCCAUGGGCGGUACAAGCACUGCGGCCUCCGCGAAGAUCCACUGGCGUCCACCGAGCUGCCAGUGGUCUCGCGGACGAACAUCGACAUUCCAUUGUUAGACGCUGAGUGCAGCGCCGAGCGCAAGCAGAUGUUGGAGGUGUUGUCUCGCCGCGUCGCGGACCUCGCUGAGCUGGCCAACAGAGGCCCCGGAUGUGGCGGCCAUCGGACGGACCCGUCCACGCUGGAGCGGUACCUCCGAGCGAACAACUGGAACGUGAGCAAAGCCGAGAAGAUGCUCCGCGCCGCCGCCAGCUGGCGGCAGAAGUGGGACGCUGACCGGAUUUUCACGCACUGGGACUUAGAGGCGUACGAGCAGUGCCUGGCCCCGUGGUGGCUGUCGGGCGGCUACCUGGGCCACGGCAAGGCUGGUCAGCCCGUGGCGCUGGAGCGGAUCGGGCGUUGCAAGUUUGCGGACCUCGUGAAGGCCGUGCCCUGGGAGGUGUUGCUGAGAAUAGACAUGGUGUUCUGCCACCGAAGUCUCGGCGCGCUGGAGGAGGAUGCGCUGCGUCGAGGCGUGCCGUUGAGGCCGGCCCUCGUCAUCAUGGACCUCGAGGGUUUCGGGCUGGAUCAGGCCCAGUUCGGGGCCGCGCGGGCGAUUGCCAAGCUCGUGGAGAGCCGCUGCCUCCUGGUCACGGAGUGCACGGGCAAGGUGCUCAUCAUCCGGGCCCCGUCCGUCUUCACGAAGGCCUGGAACACCUUCAGCUACCUGCUGGAGCCCGGGACCAGGGCCAAGGUGGAGGUCGUGAGCGGCGACGCGAAGUCGAUAGAGGUGCUCAGGAAGUACGUCGACGACGACGUGAUCCCCGAGUACCUCGGGGGCAGCUUCUGCCUCGGCGGCGACCCCGAGUGCUCGCUGCUGCUCGCGCCGGGCGGCUUGCCGCCACGGCAGGCGCUCGAUCGCCUGCUGGAGCUCACGGUCCGCGACGGCGCCGUGCUGCCCGCAGCGAUCGAGG